AUCAUCCGUGCUUUAUACUGAGAGCUUUCUUCAGCUCAAAUAUGAAUCUAGAAGCUAGGAACGAUUUACAUUUGACAUCAACGGGGAUCGGUCACCAAGUUCGAAAAGGACAUGUCUUCCCACCAGAAGGAUUUACCAGAACCAUCGGAAAAGUGUACCCUCCGACAUUAGCCAAUCCCGACUGGAUUCAUUACGAGGAACAUUUCAAGACCACCACUGGUACAACCCAUGAUUAUAAGGCUCCUGGGGGACUUCUAAGCCAUCCACUGUGCAAGAAGGCCCCUGGCAACUGGAAGGUCAAAUACGUAGAGGACAACAUAUCACAGCUUCAAGUCAAACCAUGGAGACGAGCACUUACUAUGGGCAAUCAAUGCAGUGAGAUGAAAGAUAACUACACUGGCCGACCAGGGGUGAAUCUGACCACACAGUUCAAUGCUGGAAUACAGCCUUUCCAUUUGAAAGAUCAUCAUAGAGAAGGAAACAGCAAGGAUCUAGUACCAUCAACCAGAAACCAGGGAAUUGCUGCAAAGAAGUUCUACCCAAGAGAUCGCGGUGUCCUGACAUACCACAGUGAUCCAUAUUUAACAACAACUCAAAAAGAUCACAGGGCAUUUACCAAACUAGAGCAAAGCCGUUAUCCAAGAAAAGACUAUGCAACAUAUUGGGAGUGUGAAGGCUAUCCCAAAGCAUGGGGCCAUGGCUCAAAACUCAACCCUUUACCACCUAACUCUGUGCCAAGACAGAAAGGCCCAAUGAGAGAUGAGAUGGUUUUUAGGGAGGGAACAACAGUACCCAGACUACCCAAAUCAUUAGAUCCUGUUCCUAACAAAGGUAUGGUCAGUCUCAUGAAGGAGACAUACACCGACCCACCUGAGAGAAAACGCUGGGAACUGUUCACUUGUGAUGUCCCUAAACCCUGGCAUGCACCUCUAGAAGCUCCACGUCCCGGGGAGACAUUCAAGGUACCCAAGGUGUAUUCAACAGAAUAUCAGUACUACGGCAGCGGGAAGACAAUUACAGUAUGACCACCAGCAGUGUAGAUACAUAACUUAUGGUACAAACUCGUAUACCACUGCAUAACUCUGGGUGCAGAGAGUCUGCAAAAAUGCAACUUACAAAACAUGGUGCCAAAUUGGAUUUAACUACUGAUUUGUAUCUUUUGAAUCAAAUGUUUGUAAAUAUAUUUUGUGAUUUUUUUAAUGAAUGAUAUAAUUGAGAUAGGACCUCUUUUUUCUAAAAUAAGUGACUGUAAUUUUAUGCUGUCACUUCUGAUUUUGUAAUCUGAAAUUAUUAUUAUCCUUUUCUUGGAUAAAUAUGCUCAUAACAAAAUAAUACCUUCGGUUCUUAAACCAAAUCCUACAUGCCCCGUUAGAAAUACCUACAUCGAUUACAAACAAUAAAGUAUGAAAAAAUGGGUCAUGUAGUCUAUAUUACCAAUCACUCAUUGUCAUUCCAUGGUAUAAGCUUAAAAAGAAAAGGUUAAUUAAACUAUGUUCUAAUGAUACCUACUCAACCAAAAUUGAUAAUUGUAAAUAAAGCAUUUUAUUUAAAAAAAAA